AUGGCAGAAGCUGAUAAACUAAACAUCGACUCUAUUAUACAACGUCUGUUGGAAGUUAAAGGCUCAAGACCUGGAAAAAAUGUUCAGCUGACAGAAAAUGAAAUUCGUGGACUCUGCCUCAAAUCCAGAGAAAUCUUCCUCAGUCAGCCAAUCCUGCUUGAACUUGAGGCUCCUUUGAAGAUUUGUGGGGAUGUUCACGGACAGUACUACGAUCUCCUUAGGCUUUUUGAAUAUGGAGGAUUUCCCCCCGAGAGCAACUAUCUGUUCCUUGGCGACUAUGUAGACAGAGGAAAGCAGUCCCUAGAGACCAUCUGCCUGUUGUUGGCUUACAAGAUCAAAUACCCUGAAAACUUUUUCCUGCUCAGAGGAAACCAUGAGUGUGCAUCCAUCAACAGAAUAUAUGGCUUCUAUGAUGAAUGUAAGAGGCGGUAUAACAUAAAGCUGUGGAAGACCUUCACCGACUGCUUCAACUGUUUGCCAGUAGCGGCCAUUGUUGACGAGAAAAUCUUCUGUUGCCAUGGAGGCCUGUCCCCUGAUCUUCAGUCGAUGGAGCAGGUGCGGAGGGUCAUGCGUCCCACCGACGUGCCUGACCAGGGCCUCCUGUGCGACCUGCUCUGGGCCGACCCAGACAAAGAUGUUCUGGGCUGGGGCGAGAACGACCGCGGCGUGUCCUUCACUUUUGGAGCAGACGUGGUCACCAAGUUCCUUCACAAACACGACAUGGACCUCAUCUGUCGAGCUCAUCAGGUUGUUGAAGAUGGAUACGAGUUCUUUGCAAAGCGACAGCUGGUGACUCUAUUCUCUGCUCCAAACUACUGCGGGGAGUUCGACAACGCAGGGGCCAUGAUGAGUGUAGACGAGACACUCAUGUGCUCAUUCCAGAUUCUUAAACCUGCAGACAAAAAGCUGUUCUACGGCGGUGGAGGAGGAAUGGGCUCCGGACGCCCGGUCACUCCUCCGAGGAAAGCCAAGAAAUGA